GGGCCGGCCGCCUCCCCGCCCUCCCUCGGCGGCGUGAGCGAGCGUGUUUGGGAGGGAAGGAGGGGGUGGAAGCCGGGCCGGGGCGGCCAGCAGGCAAUUUGCAUGAGAGACAGACUGGGAAUGAGCUGGAGUGGGUGCCGCUCCGCGCACACAGAGCGGGGCAGCAGGGGGAGGAGGGAGCUGCCGCCGCCGCCGGAGAGAGGCGGCGAACUCCUGGCAAAGUUUGGUGCCGCGGGCCCGAGGUGCUGAGGCACCGGCGGGGCGGGCGAGCAGAGCAGCGCGGCGCAGGGCCAGGCCAGGCCACCGCCGCCCGGGGCCGGGCUUUGUGCUGCCCGCGGCGCGGCGGGGCCUGCGCGGAGCGGGGCAGAGCGGAGCAGCGCGGAGCCAGCGGCGGGGCGCUGCCGGGCGAGCCAGCAUGUCCUCCAUCCUGCCUUUCACUCCUCCCAUCGUCAAGCGGCUCCUGGGCUGGAAGAAAGGGGAGCAGAACGGGCAGGAGGAGAAAUGGUGCGAGAAGGCGGUGAAGAGCCUGGUGAAGAAGCUGAAGAAGACCGGGCAGCUGGACGAGCUGGAGAAGGCGAUCACCACCCAGAAUAUCAACACCAAGUGCAUCACCAUCCCCAGAUCGUUAGAUGGCCGGCUCCAGGUGUCUCACCGGAAGGGUCUUCCCCAUGUGAUCUACUGCCGGCUGUGGAGAUGGCCAGACCUUCAUAGCCACCAUGAGCUGCGGGCCAUGGAGAUGUGCGAGUAUGCCUUUAACAUGAAGAAGGAUGAAGUCUGUGUGAAUCCUUACCAUUACCAAAGAGUGGAAACCCCAGUGUUACCUCCAGUGCUGGUGCCUCGGCACACAGAGAUCCCAGCUGAGUUCCCGCCGUUAGAUGAUUAUAGCCAUUCUAUUCCAGAGAACACUAACUUCCCAGCAGGUAUCGAGCCACAGAGCAACUACAUUCCAGAGACACCCCCUCCAGGCUAUUUGAGUGAGGAUGGAGAAACAAGUGACCACCAGAUGAACCCCAGCAUGGAUGCAGGUUCUCCAAACUUAUCACCAAACCCUAUGUCUCCAGCACACAAUAAUCUGGAUCUGCAGCCUGUUACCUACUGCGAGCCGGCGUUCUGGUGCUCCAUAUCCUACUAUGAACUCAACCAGCGAGUGGGAGAGACUUUCCACGCCUCUCAGCCCUCUAUGACCGUGGAUGGUUUCACUGAUCCAUCUAACUCUGAACGUUUCUGCCUUGGUUUACUGUCCAACGUGAACAGAAACGCAGCAGUGGAGCUCACAAGACGACACAUUGGAAGAGGAGUAAGACUCUACUACAUCGGUGGUGAAGUGUUUGCUGAGUGCCUUAGUGACAGUGCCAUUUUUGUCCAGUCUCCCAACUGCAACCAACGCUAUGGCUGGCACCCAGCAACAGUUUGCAAGAUUCCACCAGGAUGUAACCUGAAGAUUUUUAACAACCAGGAAUUCGCCGCUCUCUUGGCUCAGUCUGUGAAUCAGGGCUUUGAAGCUGUGUACCAGCUGACCAGGAUGUGCACGAUCCGGAUGAGCUUUGUCAAGGGAUGGGGAGCAGAAUACAGGCGGCAGACUGUGACCAGUACUCCCUGCUGGAUUGAACUGCACCUCAACGGUCCCUUGCAGUGGCUGGACAAAGUCCUCACACAAAUGGGCUCCCCGAGCAUUCGUUGUUCCAGUGUCUCCUAAGGAAACAUCUCCUGGGGAUGGGUGGGGGGAGCAAAGACUGGAAAAUGGAAUUGGCUUAACCCUUAGUUAAACACUCAGUGAACGGAUUCCCGGUUAUCGAAGUGAUGUGAAAAACAAUCUGCUAAAAAGAAA